CUUAAUAUAAGUUAUUUCGAUUAGUAUAAAUUAAUGCAUGAGACUCUCGUAAUUAAUUAAAAUUUCUAUUUUGAUCGAAGUGCACUAAAUGUUGGUUUUUUGAAAGUUUUAUAUUCUUCAAAAUGUAUUAUAACAGAAGUCAUUCACCUGGCCCCUUCUUUGAGGGAAGAUGUAGUUCCGGAAGAGGGCAUUCCUAUAACAAUUACAUAAGCGAUAUAAUAAGUUCUUUGCCACCUAGAAAUCCAACAUUUCAGAGAGUUAUAAAUUCUGAUUUCGGGAGACAGGAACGUUCCAGAAGCCCAGUAAGGGAUUACACAGGAACAAGAUUGUCAAAUUUUAGGCCGAUAUCAGCAGCACUAUCUGGUGACACUUCGCCGGUUCUUCGGCGUAGAGAUUUUUCAACCGUCUCUUCGCAGGCGUUAAGCGAAUCUCGUUCUUCGCCCAUAAAUUGGCUAAAUUCUGAUGAUUACAGUUAUAAUAAUUCGAAACCAAGAAGUUAUUAUGAUUUCCCAAGUAGCAAUUCUCGAUAUAGUUCAUACACUUCCCCAAUUAGAAGGCCACAGAGGACUGAUUAUUCGGAUUACUUGCGACCUGUUUUACAGGCCAGACCCAUGUUAAAGAGCAAUUUUGUUCCUAGAUCCCGUGCUGAGCGAGAAAAUGCAGGUAUGCCAAUUGUACGUGAAAGAAAGCUAAUAAAAUUUCGUGAAAUUACCAACGAUAUUUUGAAUAAAGUUCGGCGAAAAAUAUCGUGGGACUUAGAUGAGGAAAUUGACUCGCCUUUAAUUAAUGAAAUGAGGAAAUUAAAUCCUGAACUAUCUGAUGACAAAAUAGUAAAUGAGAAAACUAGAAGUCGGGAAAGCAGUUUAACCAGAUUUGGUUCCCGAGACUAUUUAUCGAACACUCGUGGUUCAUCUCCUGCAGCUGGAUCUCCUAGAGCAUCAGCUUCUCGACGUUUAUCUGAUGAUCAUACUUUAGAGCCUAGGUCUCCUAGUUGUUCAAGACGCUUUUCUUCGCCGAAGACUACUAUAGCAAGAAGAGCAUCAAGGGAAAACAGUUUUGAUGCUUUAGAUUCUGCUAAAACAGCUCCGGAAUUUAGAGAUCCUCCCAUACCUCCCCCAAGAAAAAAAUCCUUUAGCUCAGCUCAUAAAGUUAAGAAGUCUCGAAAAUCAUCUCUUGAUGAUCUGGAUGAAAAGAGUUUGAAUCAUAGCAUAAUUGCAGAUGAAAUUAAAAGGCAACAGGGUGCUUCGAACCUCCAAAGGCUUCUUAGUUUGGCAGAUUCAUCGAAGGCCUUAGAACGUCCUGAAUCGAUAACACAAAACGAAGUAACAUGUUUAGAGCAUAGGCGGAGCAGUGAAGAUCAAAAAAGCAAUGAAGUUUCUCCCAGUGUUAAUUCCAAUUUAGUUUCUGCUGAUAGCACCGUCGAUAAUAUUCUAACUCAUCCUCGUAGACGUCGUCGUCUUCACUGCAUUUCCAAUGAUAGUUCCGAUCAGAACGUUGAAGAAAGCAGAUCUCGUUGUCGAAGUCGUGCUCGCAGUAGAGUUAGAGAUGACUCUUUACCACAAACUGUAUCAGCAGAAGUGACUGUGAAUGAUGUUUCUUACCCCAUAAAUAGAAUGCACAGGAAAUCUGUGAAAUAUAAAGCAGAUAAUUUAACACCUGUUCCUAUAUCCAAUGAAUCCGUGACCCCCUCCAUUCAGAAUUGUGAAGUUUCUCCUGUGAUAAAAGAUAUAAAAUCAUCUAUAACUAAUAAAAAAGACAACAGUCGUCAUCCAGGGUUAGAGGAUCUUAAACUUAAAACUAAUAUAAUUACUAUCUCAAAUAAGAUGGAUACAAAUUUAAAAAGCCCUGUAUCUCCUUUAAAUAACAAAAUGAACGCUGGUAAGGAACAUAAAUCGAAUGAUAAAAUUUUAGAUGUAAAGUCAACUGUAGAUAAGAAUCAAAAGGUAAUUAAUAAAUAUGAUUCACCGUUGAAUAGCACUUCUAACUUACACAAAAUAAAAAAUAAAAAGAUAACCACUGGCAGUAGUUAUGCCGAUGAAAUAGCGGAUAAAAAUAUUAUAGGGAAAUGUGAAGAGAAAAGUGAUAUGUCGGAAAGAACUAAAUUCCUGUCGAAAGCUGAAUCUAAUUUGGACAAAGUAAAUAACAAAAAAGUAGUUAACGCUUCUUUUAUUGAAGAAAAAAUUUCUCAUGAAGCUAAAAGAAAGGGACAAACGAGUCAUAAGCAACUUUUGCAAACCAAUAUUGAACCCAAAUUAACCAAAAUUAAGGAAAAGAAAAUUCCUCAUGCUUCUAUUUCUGAAAAAAGUGCUUCUAAAGAAACUGAAGGUAUUAUAAAAAGUAGUAAAACGAACACUAAUAAAAUUGCUACGCCUUUAGAUAGUCAGAGUAAAGAAUCUGAAGAAGUAAUCGUAGUAUGUAAACUGCCACAGCCGAAAGGAAAAGUCGAAAAAGCAAAAUUUCCGGGUCAUAAUGCCUCCAAUUUUUACAAAAACAUUCCUGUUGACCAAGACAUCGUUGUUUCUAUUGUGAAAAAAGACGAUGUUGUAGGAAGUGUGCAUAUUUGCGAGAAAAAUAAAUCGCGGCAUGAAAAUUCAUCUGCGGUAUUACCAAUCAUUCCAGUAAAGCAAGCAUUUCCGUUUUCGGAACCUAUACGUGAAUCCCAGUCAGGUUCCUCAGAAAUUUGUGAUAUUCAACCAAAAGCUAAAAAUUCCUCUUCUACUGCUGGGAGGAGAGACAAUGAAAAUAAUGAACUUCAUGUAACUCAUACCGUUGUUUUAAAACCCAAAAUUCAAAAGAAAGAUUUGUCGAAACAGGUAAAAUUCGAACCACAAAAAAAUAUUAGUGCUGUUCGAUUAAAUUCCAUUCCUGAUGUCAUUCAAACUACCAUUAAUGUAAAUAUGAGAUCUGAUGUGAAGCCAGAUAUUGCUAGUCAGGCGAAGCAAACGACAGUGCAUUCUAAUAUUCCUGAAGAUCAGUUAAAACCUGAUAAAUCUUUUGUAUUACCAAACAUUAAGGAGAACAUUGUUAAUAAUGAAGUUGUUUCAACUGCUGCGCCUAAAGAUAUUUCUAAUGAACCUAAUGAUCGAAAAUGUUUUAAAGGUUUGCCGAAUAUCACGAAAAGUGACAUUUCACUUAGUAAGGAAAGGAACCAUAAAGCUGCUGGUGCGUCUAUUCUGUCACAAGAUGUGGCAGUGGCAGACGCUGAAAGCGUUACUACUAAGACUAUUCUUCAGCCCUCUGUUUGCAAAACUCAUACGGACAAAGAUUUGGUCAAAAUGCAAAACACAAUUCUUACAAAACCAGAUAUCUUGACAUGUACGAAUGAAAGCAAAGCUUCACAGAAAGAUCAUGCUAUAGGAAGCAACGCUGCAGUACCUAAUAAAGAAAAGGAGGAACUACUAGAACAAAAUAAAACAGAAUGUCCCAAGUCCGACAAAAACAUUUCGAAGUCUUACAAUAAAGCGAGGGAAGAAACUCAUUUGAAGCUAACUCCAAACCUGGCUCGUAAAAAUGCUGAAAAUUCGAAAACUUGCUAUAAAAGAUCUGCUACUACGCCUGAUGUUAAUGCAGUCCUGGAAGAACGUCGUCCUAGCUAUUCAAAAAGCGAUUCAUUAUUGUCUGGGAAUACACAUGAUGAGAAGUCUUGCAAGAAAUUUGAUCAUGUGAUGCCGAAUUCUAAUGAUGCACCGACUGCGUUAUUGAGUAAAGAAGUUUCUUGUACUGAAAGUAAAGGAAAAGAUAACUUAAUUUCCCCUACUGACAUAAAAUUCGAUAAAAAUGGCAAAAUUCCAAUCUCUAGGCCAGAUGAUAAGCAUAUGGAGAGAAAUUCAGCUUUGGAAGAAUCUCGGAGAACUCAGAAUUUGCUUAAGCCCUCACUUGCUGUGGAAUCUAAAACUCUGACUGAAAAUGAGCCCCUUGUGAAACAAGAACAGAUCCUUAAAAAUCAUGUCGUGGAAAAUUCCUUAAAUAAAUUAUCGCCUGCCUCGAAAUACGAAGAAAUUUCGAAGGACGCUGAUUCGGUGAAGUCCGCAAAAGUAGAUGCUAAAGAAGGGAAAGUUUCAGAAAAUGCCGAGAGUGAGAUUAGGAAUAUAGCACAAAGAAUCGAUGAUUCUUCUGCCGUCAGAAUCAAAACUGUUUCAGCCACAACUAAGGAGAAUGUCUUUUCUUUAGUGAACUUACCUACUUGUGAAAUGCAAAGUAUAUGUCAAGAUGUAAAUUUCGACAAAAUUAAGUUAAGUAAAAAUUCAGCACCCACUUCUAAUAUACAGUUAGUUUCGGAUAAUAAAUCUGUUGAGAAAGAUGUGUCUGCUGUUAUACCACCGGUAUCAGAAAAACUGCACAGUGCUUUAAAGCCUGAAAAUGUAAGAGAUGAAGAUAUGAUCAAAAAAGUGCCUGAAACUAAUUCUUUGGAAAAUCUGAAAACCUCGUUUACACUGCAAUUAGCAUUUAAUGAAAGCAAUGUUGCAAGGACACUGGAUGUGGAUACAAAGUCAGAAGCACGUAAGCUGCCAGAAAGUUCGAAUACUGAUAUUAUGCAAGUCGGCAAUAAAAUAAGCAGUCAUUUAUUAAAAGAUGAAAAUUCGAAUCUUCUCAUAAGCAAAACUCUAGAAGGGGGUAUUCUUCAAGAAAUAUCAAAGCCUGACGUUAUAGGUAGUCAUAAAGAACUGAAAGAUGACGCCAUUCGUAACAAAGAACUUUCUACGGAAUUGACAUCCAAAGAGAAUAUCUGCACUGCUGGUUCUAAAUUACAUUCUUCACAUUUAAAUGAUUUCGAAGCAAAUAAUAUUGUUUUUCCUAAAUUAAGCUCUUCUUUUGAAUCAUCGCUUACAAAUAAACUUUCUGAUCAAGAGAAUUUACCUAACUCUAUAAGCAAGCAGACAGACACAAGAGAGAAAAAGGGAGAUAUAUUGAACUAUAGCAAAAUAAAUAAAGCGCGCAGUGCUGAUGACACUGAUUUCAAAUCGGAGGUUGAUCUUGAAAAGAAAAAGCUCGGAUCUGCAAACAUCAUACACCAAAGUUUUGCUGAAAGCCAGAAUAAUUUGAGUGACAGUAAAUCAUUCUUUCAUGUCCCAGAACCCAGUAUUAAGGGAGCAAAGUACUCAGUAAAUACAAACUCUUCAGUUGAGGCAGUGAACGAUUCAAUGAACUUUGGUAAAAAAGCAGUCAAAUGUCCACCAGAUUCCAAUUGUGGAAAUUUAACUGACAGAGAAAAUAAAGUAAUGUCAGAUGCAACAUCAGAAACUGAAGGAAAUAUCUCUAAUGGCAUUUCAAAAGACUCUAUAAUUUGCACUUCAGAUAACUAUAUGAAAAUAAAGAAAACUUUAUCUCAAAAGGGUGAGCUGGAAGCUUCAGAUUUAGUCAACUCUACCACUUCAGUUAGUAAUAAGAAGUUCCUAGAAAAAACAGAGACAGAAAGUGUAAAAAAGACUGAUGCAAAUGGCAAUGAAACUGAACUCAUAAAUGAAAAUUAUCCAAGUCUAACAAACAAGGCAAAAGAAGUGAAGCUGCUCCCUCGUAGUCCUCCACCAGUUCGAAUUGGAUUAUUUAUAAAAUCGGAUCCAGAACCAAUACCAGAAAGUUCCUCAUCCUCUGAAGAUUCUUCGGACUUGUCUGAUGAUGAUGACACUUCUGCAAUAAGGCAAUCAAGUGCACAACUGUCUAAUCACUGCGAAGCACAAGGAAAUGAAUGUAAUGUAACUUGUCACCAGAAGUGUGAAAGGCACAUGCCAAAUUUAUGCGGCGUCAACCAGAAACUGCUGUGUGAGGUUUUGGAAACAGUAAGGAAAGGAAAAUCUCCUGAUCGGGACGAAAAAUCUCGAACGAGAAGUCAGACAUCGAACGCCUCAAUAUAUUCAUCUCUUUCAUCGUCAACUACAUGCACUACUUUUUCGACAUCGUCUCUUGAAGAUGAGGGCAAAAGUCCAACAAAAGAAAGUACACCGAAAACGCUAAGGUUUCGAAAAUAUGAAAUAGAUGAUUUUGUGUUCCUCAAGUUACUAGGAAAAGGCAGUUUUGGUAAAGUGCUGCUUGCUGAGUUGAAGGGACAUGAUAUGUAUUUUGCCAUUAAAUGCCUGAAAAAAGAUGUUGUUUUGGAAGACGAUGAUGUAGAAAGUACUAUGAUAGAAAGGCGAGUUCUUGCUUUGGGUACUCAACAUCCUUACAUGUGCAAAUUGUAUUGUACUUUUCAAACUAAGAGUUAUCUGUUCUUUGUUAUGGAAUAUUUAAAUGGAGGUGAUCUGAUGUUUCAUAUACAGCAAAGUAAAAAGUUUCCUGAGCAAAGAGCCAUGUUUUAUGGCGCAGAAAUCGUGAGUGCUCUGAAAUUUCUACAUAAAAGAGGCAUUGUAUAUAGAGACAUCAAACUGGAUAACGUGAUGCUGGAUGAACAAGGUCACGUUCGUCUGGUGGAUUUUGGGAUGUGCCAGUGUCGUAUAUAUAAAGAGGAAUGUAUGCCGUUCAAUUUCUGCGGCACCCCUCAGUACAUUUGUCCUGAAAUAAUCCUUGGACAGAAGUAUAAUCAAUCUGUAGACUGGUGGUCUUUUGGAGUCCUUUUGUAUGAGAUGAUAACUGGGAGGUCUCCUUUUUAUGGUACUGAUGAAGAUGAGUUAUUUUGGAGUAUAUGUAAUGAGGAGCCACCCUACCCAAGGUAUCUUUCAAAAGAAGCCAGGCAUAUUCUUGGUUUGCUUUUGGUGAAGUCUCCUUCUAAGAGAUUAGGUAUGCCAUCAUGUCCUGCUGGAGACAUUAAAGAUCAUGCUUUCUUUAGUACAAUAAACUGGGAUAAAUUGGAGAAGAAACAAAUUCCACCUCCUUUCAAGCCCAAAGUGUUAAAUGCAUGUGAUACCAGCAAUUUUGACCAUAAUUUUACUAUGGACUCUGCCACUUUAAGUCCUGUUGACUCUGAAAUACUGGCAUCGAUGGACCAGGAACAGUUUAAAGGCUUUAGUUAUACGAAUCCUCAUAUUACUGGUUGACAUUUUUCUAGUCAUCUAAUAAUAUAACUUAUUAUGGAUAUUUAAAUCAGUUCAGUGCUUGGUGGAAAAGUCAGUGCAUAAGAGAUUUUCAUAAUACUCAUUAUGACACGUAUUUAGAUGUUAUAGUACAAACGUCUUGCAGUCAAUGACCAUCGGUGUGUGAAUUCUUCCUUCCUUCAGAAAUGGCAGGAAGUAAAAAGGCAAAUGAAAUUUAGGAAUAAUUUUAUAAAAUGUCCGUGAGGAAUGGUAUAUUUGAUAUAUUCUUUCACAUUUAUCUGUUUGUAACUAUCAGCAUGUACAAAACUAUUUCAUUGCCAAAACAUAUGAAAUAAAGUUAUCAUUAAGAAGUA